UUGUAAUUUUAUCACAUAAAGUUUCAAUUAUAAAAUAUCACAAUAUUGGAUUAAACUUUGCAGUUACUUUAACUCAGGUUUACGAGAAAUUGAUUGUUUGGCAGUGCAGUUGGAAAGUUGGAAUGUUUAUUCCGUUUAGUCAUAAGUGAAACGUGAAACAAAACCAGUCGUACGUGGAAUGUAAUGGAGGGUACACGACAGCUCGCCGCGAGACGUUUCUCCGCGAGACUUUUCUGCGUGGUUGAGUUUCGCCGUGGACAGGAAUAAAAUGCGUAUAAAUGAAAUUAACCCAAAGCUUUAUCUCUAAGCGUUCAUUUCUUACGUGUGGUGAAUUAAAAGCUUGGCGCAUCAAACAUGAUUAUGGCUUGCGCGACUACCUGGGUUAAGUUAGUGUUAUAUUCACGUAACAGAUGGCAAUAUACCACAAACAAGCUUGAGAUUUUGACAACAAGCAGACCAGAUUCUAACCUAAAUGAUUGAAUGGGUGCUACUGGUACAUUUGUUGAUCAGAUUUAAAAAUGAAUUAAAGCCCAAAGGCUUUAUAAAUUUAAUUUAAUUUGAUUUUAAUAAUAUUGUUCAAUAAUUCAAAAAUGGGGCGACGUUCGAUAAACACCACCAAGAGUGGUAAAUACAUGAAUCCAACUGACCAAGCUCGUAAGGAGGCGAGAAAACAAGAGCUAAAGAAAAAUAAAAAACAAAGGCAACUUGUUAGAGCUGCUGUCUUAAAAGGCAAAGAUCCACACCAACUCAUUGAGGAACUUGAGAAAAUUGACCAAAUGGAAUAUAAUGUUGCACAACCCUCACCACUUAAUGAAAAGGUGCUGAAAGACAAACGGAAAAAAUUAAGAGAGACACUAGAAAGAGUACUUAGUAUGUAUGGUAAAGAUGAUCCAGAUAAAUAUAAUGAUCUUAAAAGGCGACAAAUGGACUAUGAACACAAAAGAAAUCAGAUAGUCAGUUUCUAUGAGUCAGUAAAGCAUGCUCAGCAGGUCACUGUGGAUGAAAUUCCCUUACCACAACUGCCACAACAACCAGCACCACCACCAUCGCUGCAAAUUCCCUUGCCAUCAGAAAUAAAAAAGCAAGAGCACACAAUUUAUUCAAUUGCAACAGCUCUCAAGCUGCAAGCACUAGGCCAGCCAAUAAUGGAUCCACCAGGCUGUCCACCUGGCCCACCACCAGAAAUUGACAGUGAUGGUGAAGUUGUUGAAAGGAUACAAGAUCAAAGUGAUGCCAAUCUCUCAGACGAAUAUGACUCGGAAGAAGAACACGCUGAUGAGGAAAUAUCAAAGCCCACAUCACUCCAACAAAAAAUGGUGGCCAUAUCCGGACAAAACGUUGAUGAUUUCAUGAAAGAAAUGGAGCAAGUCACACAAAAGAAAUUAGACGAGUCGAAGAUCCCCGACGCUCCCAUAUCAGUCCUUCCUCCGUCGGUGAUUCCCGAUGCAGCUGUCAUGCCGAACAUUAAAUCACUUAUUGGACCUCCACCGACGAUAUUCCCGAUGAGAGUGCCACCGGGUCCACCACCUGGAAGGCCAUUAAUGCCGCCCGGACCCCCGCCGGGUUUGCCACCGCCACGGAUGCCAAUUCGAAUGGGUGGCAUGGGCGGUGGGCCCAGAAUGCUGCGAAUACCAGGACCUCCACCUAAUAUGCCGCACUCGGGUAUGAUACCCAAUCCUAACGUCCUAUCAGCCGGUCCACAACUCGUUCAUCGAUCGGACAACCCGGCUGCCAAGCAGGGAGCAACAAUAAGCGCCAAGCCACAGAUAAGAAACCUCAGCGCCGACGUGACACGAUUUGUGCCUUCCACGCUGAGGGUUAAACGUGAUGAUAAAAAACCCAUGCCCACUAGGAGGGCAUUGUUACACGAGGUGAAACAGAAAGAUUUGAUGAUCAAACAAAAUCACCCGCCAAUUAACCAGGUUACCAAAGACGACGCAUAUAUGCAGUUUAUGAGGGAGAUGCAAGGAUUGCUGUAGACAUGAAUCAGGACACAACGUUUCACUUAAUGUACUACAUUGAUGAAGACAACCACGAUCAGAUGAUGAUUUAAUAAUCAUAAUACAGUACAUAGAGUACAUGAUAAUUAAAUUAGGUUUUGAGUAUUAAAAAAGUUGCCGUGUUUUAUAAUUAUGAACUAUUUCAUUCAUCAUCGAUUGCAAUAAAUACAGAGACUAGGCAAAGUGAUGAUGACAUUUCCAUGUAA